GAUCGCUUCGUCAAGAAAGCACAAUUUGGUUUCGCAUCUUCCUGCUAGUACUGUGAUUCUACUACUUUUCCUCAGAAAAUGAAAACGCUGUGGUUCUACAAGUGUUCUUGCUGCUGCAUGUCUUGGCCAUGGCAGCAGCAAUGGCUGGUCAGGUCCCUUAAUUUGUCGUGUCUGCUGUUUGGAGGAUUGCAGGGGUCUAUCCAUGCGUGUCCACGUGUUCAUUACCGUGGUCAAGGGGGUUAGGCAGGCAGCGAAUAGGGAGGGCUUUUGGGGUUCGAGAUGUCUUGACACUUGCUCAAACGUAGUGGAAUUCUUCUCUUCUUCUCCUUCCUCCCUCCCUAAUCUCUCUCUCUCUCUUUCAUGGUCUUGCAUGUUCGGCUGAUGCUCGUGGAAAAUUAGCUUUAAGUAGACGUGUCUAGUUUCUUUAAACUUCUCCUCUUUUGGUUUACUACUUCACAGUUUGGUUUGGUCCGGUUUGGUUCACAUUUCUUUUCAACGAAAAAGUUUGGUACUGUAGAGAGAUGCUGUUCAACAACGAUGGUGCUGUCUUGCCUUUUGUCCCUAGCGUGGCGGAGCUGAAGCAGAGCCUGGUGGCGACGACGCUGGAGCUGGAAGCGGCCAAGGAGGAGCUCAAGAAGAAGGAGCAGAGCAUCGGCAAGCUCGCCGACCUCGUCCGCCUGGUAGCCAAGGAGCGCGACGACGCGCGCGACCAGUUGCAGCACCUCCUCCUCGCCGCCACCCCUGCUGCGCCGGCGCCGCUCGUCACGUCCAGCGUCACCGACUCCGACUGCAGCCUCGUGUCAUCCCCCGUCGACCCCUUCUUCGACCCCGUCACCUCCGCCGACAAGCGCUGCAAGCUCAGCCCGACCACGCCUCCCCCUCCCCCCGCCAGGCAGUGUCAACCCGGCGCCAGCGCCGACGCCGUGCUCGAUAUGCUCGCUAGCAAGAGGCCUCUGCCACAAAAGGGGAGGCUUCUGGCGGCCGUCAUGGAGGCGGGGCCCCUGCUGCAGAACCUGCUUGUCGCCGGGCAGCUCCCGAGGUGGCGCAACCCGCCGACGGUGCACGCCCCUGACACGUUGCCCCUCGGCGCCCGUGCCGGAUACGUCGGCGCGCCCCUGGCUGGUGGCGCCAACGCGGCGGCUGUUGUGGGCUACGGCAAUGGCAACGCCUGCAUGAAGCGGCCGAUGGCGGCGAUGUCGAUGCCGCCGCUGACGCCCAUGGCCGCCGCAAACUGCUCUCCGGGCUUCAUAGCCAAGCGGCAGAGGCUGCACUGACAAAGGCGCUCCGGCCCAGUCGCUGACAGGCGGUCCCACUUGUCAGCGACAGGGGAAUCACCAUUAUCCGUUGAUGAGUGAAACAUUUCAUAUCAGGGUGGUUAGCUGCUAACUGCAUAGUAGUGUUAUGGGAGUCAUAGAGCUUACUAGAAGUAUAAAUAGGGUGAUGAUCAGGUUUCUAUGAAGGAAAUUAUCUGACGUAACUAUACCGUGACGUAGCCGCUGACACAUAGGCUAACUCUCAAUAAGUCUUGUGUGGUAGUUGGCAUAUGUGCCAACUCUCGGUGAGUCCCGUGUGUCAGCGAUGACGUUAUUCUGCAGUUACGUUAGAGAAACUUCCGUGCCUAUGAUAAUGUGAUGUGAAUAGUAAGCAGGGCUUUACAGUUUUUAUUUUCUUUUCCUUCUUUUUUUUUUUUCCAUUUUGGGCUUGCGAGUGUCUUAGUGAGGCUGUUCAGAUAAUAUGAUGUGAAUAGCAAGCAGGGCUUCACAGUUCUUAUGUUUCUUUUUUUUUUCUUUCCAUGUUGGGCUUGUGAGUGUCUUAGUGAGGCUGUUCAUAGCUUGACAUGGUAUUAGAGCCAACAUUUUCUUGCUUUGUGGUGAGGAUUUUGGUUCAAUCGACUUUCAUGUCCGCAGCCCCUGGCUUGGCUGCACUGCUGGAGUCACAAUUUAUCCUUCAGUAGAGAGCUUGUUCUUGGUAUGUUCUCUAUAUAUAAAUAUAUACUUUCUUUGAGUCUCAAAAUUUUCA